AUGACUCCACAAAUUUUAUUUCAGGACUCUAGAAACACUUCGCUUACGGAGCCUCAGCCUGAGGAGUUCCACUGCGAAUUCAGCUACAAGAAAGGAGGCACAGCCAUACCUAGUGUAGAAACCCUAGUCUUUCUUGUCGGCGCUUUAAGCCAAGUCGCAAUCCUAGAGUACCAACUGCCAAUCUCACAAUACUCAUUCAACGACCCGGGCCUCACCGUCUUGCUCCGCAGCAGCAAAGCCCCAGAUCACGACUUCUACCGCGCUAAACACAUACUGUGGUCGCUCCGUAUCACCGCUUGCUACAUGUUCUCGAAAGAACACUGGGGCGAGAUCGGAUUUUUCAGCAGAUACGCACUGCCCUCGUCCUCACCAGGACAAGAGACGCCGCUACGAAUUCAAAGAACGGGAAUCCGAUCUCUUUGGACAAAUUCCAAUUCGCCGCCCAAAGACCCCACCUUCAAACCCUACGAUAUCUUCAUCACCAUCAUCAACAUCCUCGUCUCGGAGGGCGAGCUCGACGCCGAAGCACCACAGGGUCAUCUCUCGGGGUACAAUAGGGAAGCGGACCUUAGUGUCGGAAUGGAGUGUACGAGUCGAGCGAGUGUCGAGAACUUUACGAAUAGGAUCGCUGUUGAGGCGUUUACGCUCUUAGCGGAGUUUUUGCCGACGGUGGAGGAGAAGCUGAGGUGGAAGGGCGUGCAAUUUGUGGUGAGGAAUCAGGGAAAGAUUGUGGGCAGGGGAAUUGUGAGGAAGGGUGUUAUUCCGAGGAGGGGUGACGGGACUUUUGAUGUUGGGUGGCUUGAUGAUGGGGUGGAGGACGGGGGGUUAUUUGAGUCGCCGCAAGUGUCGUGA